AUGGACGGGGAGCCGGAGCUGGGAACUGGAACUGGAACUGGAGCUGUCAGAGCUUGUUGCUCAAAGCUUGACAAAUUACGGACGGAUAUUUCGUUUGUAUGCAUCCCUGAAUAUCCUAUGGGGACAGGAGUAUGGAGUACCGACGGGAAGGUCGUGGAGCGAACGAUGCAGCGCAUCGCACGGCUUGCGCCCCCCAAUCGUCUGGCGCAGAGCAGAACAGGAGGAGCUGCAAAGUCCGUAAAUGUGGAUGUGACCUGCAAGGUCAUCGAGUAUCCGUCCGGCCAGGGUCAUCUUAUCAUGCACUCCAUUAACCUCGGAUACCUACAACCUUGCGGCCCAUUCUUCACCUCCGAGGGAGAUCAUAAUCGCGCACUUAAGCGAACGGAACGGGGAGGGGGUCACAACCGCAUUGAUUAA